AUGCUUGAUACUGUGAAAUGCUUGAUCGGUGCCGCCGGCCCAAGUGGUUUCUGCUCCAAGUCUACUGCCGACCAAGUCACCAGCCACUGCCCGGAACUUCACUCCAUUACUGCCAUUAUUAUAGAUCUCAAUAGCACUAAAGCUGGUUGGCAGGCUUUGAGGGGUCGUCUGGCAAUGAUGAGAGGAGAAAGAAAAUCUGAUUUUGAGAAUUCUGAGGAUGAAAGGAGGACGAGACUUGGUUCCCUAAAAAAGAAAGCACUGAAUGGGUCUUCAAAGUUCAAGCAUUCUCUUAAGAAGAAGAGCAGUAGAAGAAAGAGCGAUAUUCGUGGCAGCUCUGUUUCAAUUGAGGAUAUCCAGGGUGCGAGCUGCAAGCUGUUAAGGCAUUUUGGCAAGCCUUUAUGUUGGAUGAGUUGCUGCCACACAAUUUUCAUUCGUGGCAGCUCUGUUUCAAUUGAGGAUAUCCGGGGAAAUGCUCUGGUUCCGCAUUUUUUUCCCUCUUUUGAGUCAGCAACUAUUUAG